AUGAAGCUCAUAAGGAUUUCUGGGUUUCUAAAACUGUUUCGUAAGCUCAUAAAGAUAAAACCAGCGAAAAAGUCAAACCAUCCUCCACGGCCUCCGUCGCCGCCUCCGCCACUUUCUUCGUCGUUUGAAUCACUACCGGAGGACAUUGUUUUGACCUGCUUGGCUUUGAUAUCGACUUCGUACUACCCAAAGCUCUCUCUUGUCUCCACUAGCUUUCGCAGGCUUGUCCGCUCCGAUAAGCUCUACAAGGUACGACGCCAACUUAAAACUGAAGAAGAGUGUUUUUAUCUCUGUCUAAAAUCGCGCACCAAUCCCACCGAUCCUUGCCUCAUCUGGUAUAGUCUCUGGAUAAAACCUGAUAAUCAAACCCUAAACCAAUGCAUGACUGAUGAAGACAAGUCUACUGGAAAUUUAUUGGUACCGGUGCAGUCUUCCUAUCGUACUAAUAUACCAAAUGUAAGGAGCGUAAGGGUUGGUUCAGAAAUAUACACGAUACACUGUCGUAACUUUCCCCCAUCGUCGGCUAUGUGGGUCAAAAACGAGCUGACUGGCGAGAGGCGUGAAGCCCCUAGGAUGAUGAUGGCUCGCAGGGAACCCGCACUUAUGUGCGUCCUCGAUGGGAAAAUAUAUGUAAUGGGAGGGUGUAGAGCUGAUGAGUCGACGCAUUGGGGUGAGGUUUUCGACGUAGAGACUCAAACUUGGGAACCUUUACCGGACCCUGGCCCUGAGGUCCGGUUCUCUUCAAAUAAAUUCCUAGCAGGAGCGGAUGGAAAUAUUUAUGUCAAGAACAAGAAGAAGAUCUUUGUUUACCUUGUAGACGAAAAUAAAUGGGAUGUCAAGCAAAGCUCGAGUGAGAGAUUACAACAUGGUGAGAGAUUGGUUAAGGGUUGUGUGAUAAAGGAUGUAAAGUACGCUUAUGCGAGAAAAAUAUGCUGGUGGAAAGACAAAAUGUCAGACGAGUGGAGAAUCGUCAAGGAUUUGAAUGGACUUGAUGCGUAUUUUAUAAAUGAUGCUGAAGUUGGUACUUAUGGUGGAAAGCUCGUAAUCUUCUGGGACAGUCCUGCAUCUUCUCGUCCAUAUAAAACCAAGAAAAUAUGGUGUGCUGUGAUUUUGCUUGACAGGAGCCUCCAUGGUGAAGUUGAGGGUCAAAUUGAAUGGGUUGAUACUGUGGCUACAGUCCCUAUGUCAUACAGCCUCGUCAAGUGUGAGACCUUUUGGGUAUGA